AUCUGGAAGUACCAAACAUCAAUUCAUUUGUCGAAUAUCGUUCAUCCUUCUCCAGUUUCUUGACGUCUAUUUCAACCAAUUUCAACGACGCGCAUGGCUGUCAUUCCAUCGGAGUUCGCUUGGAAGGUUCAGUUAUAGAAAAUCGCGUUCGGAAGUUGAUAAAAGUUUGUCGGCCGAUUAUUAAAAGCGCAUGAGAAUCAAUUUUCCGUUCGUACAAAUCGCACGAUCGUACGACGCUGGAACGUGCUGUGAAUUUAUUAUUAAUUGUGCCCUUGACGCGUACGGUUGACCGCGCGUGAAUUGCCGGAGUAAUUUGUGAAAUAAACGUGUGCCAGAGUUCAAAUAUCUCAUUAUGUGUGCGAAAAUGGCCUUUCAACAUCAGCCGGGUACUGCGAUGGAGUGCCUAAGCAUACCCAUUACAUUACACAAGGAAACAGAAAUUAACGAGAAUGGCGAAGAAGUAAUGAAAUGUGGUUUCAAAAUAGGCGGUGGUAUUGAUCAAGACUUUACAAAAAGUCCUCAAGGCUAUACGGAUAAUGGUAUAUAUGUGACAGAAGUACAUGAAGGAUCACCAGCAGCAAAAAGCGGUCUUAGAAUGCAUGACAAAAUCUUACAAUGCAAUGGAUAUGAUUUUACAAUGGUCACUCAUAAGAAAGCUGUUUCUUAUAUAAGAAAACAUCCAAUAUUAAACCUUUUAGUAGCUCGUAAAGGUGUCACCAGUACUUAAGGACAUACCAAAAGAAAUCCUGUUCUUUGAGAAAUAUUUAUUUCACAUAUCUUUUUUUAACAAGAUUUGCCUAUUCAAUCUAUUUUUUGCCAAAUAUUAUUACAGUAAAUGCUAGCAACUUCUAUCUAAUAAUUAACAUGAAUAGAAGUUAGUUUAGUAUGAGAUAUCAUUGAAUCAUAUAAUUGAAACAGUUGAAAUAGUUUCUCUGUCUUAAAACUAUAAGAAGCAAAAGUCACUGCUCUAACAUGACUAUAAGGAUAUUAUUAGUAUCUUUAUGAAGAAGUCUAAAAAGAGAGAUGCCAAAGCUUAAUAAAGUUGCAUUAAUUUACAUAUAUCUUUGACUAUGAAAGCAUGAGCUGUUUUUAUUUCUCUCUAAUAAGGAUAUUAUUUACAAAAAUAUCCAUCAAGUUUGAUUUUUUUGGUGCAUUUAUAUAUCAAUCUAUAGUAAGAAAAAAACUGCCGUAGCUUUAUAGUCAAAGGCAAAUACAUAAUAGGCAACAUCAACUUUUAUAACUAUAAUCUUUAAGUUUAAUUGUAGCAGGAAAGGAAUUUGGUGGUUUUGUAAAGAAGAGUAGUUGAAAAUUUCAAAACUUUCAAAAUAUUUAUGCAUCUUGUU